UUUGGUCCCAGUGGGACACUGUAAUGUGGUACAUUGGGUGAUAAAAAGUGGAGGGCUUGGCGAGGCCCUGGAAAGUUAAAAAGUUCGGCACACAUUGCAUUGCGUAUAAUUGGACGUGACUCGCAACAACGGCCAGUUCUUUUAAAGAACUGUCAACAGCGCAGAAAUAAAAUGAGAGAUCUGCAUAAGUUAUGACCAAAAAUGUAGGCAAUGAAUAUCAUUCCGUUGCCAAAGCUCGGUGGUGAACUGCUCUGUCAGUGAUUACUUCAGUGCAAAGUAAACACGUGUCUUAUCUUUUAUUUUGGUUUGAACUGGUCGCAUUUGAUGAUCGAAUCACAAAAGAAGCAAAAGGGAGAACGAGGACGAAACUUCAGAUGAACAGCAAUUCACUGAAGAACGGAGAGGUGUUGUCGAUGGCAGCUCACGAGAGCCGUGAAUCUCGGCCCCGUACCAGCUGGAAUGGAGAGGCCCUCACACACACAUCAGCCGAGAUGGAUCGGUUACAGCUGUUUCGUGAUGAACAUCGACCGCCCACCUCCAGUCCCGGAAGUGUGGGCAGUGUGCCAAAAUGGUUCGACUCUAUGCUGAAAUGUGAUAGGGGCUCCCGCUCCUCCUCUCAGGAGAGGAUGGCUCCGCGGACUGCCGAGCCAGCAACUCGCGUCUUUGACCUUGACCUGGCCGGAGCGACGCGCCUGCGGACAACGUCAGGCCUGAGGGCGCGUCACCUCUCUGAAGAGGUCGACCUGGACCUGGCCGCCGGCAGUCGUCGAGGAUCGCGCGACCAGGAGCUGGUGGAGGUGGAGCGACCACGGAGGGAGGGAUCGGCGCGGUACGGUCGGAGGGCAGCCGGCACACCCAAAACGCCCGACAGCUCCCGCAACACGGGCACCGCUUCGUCAGACUCGUCCAGCGGCCGUCUGAGCUCGCCAAAGGCGAUCCCGGAGGACUGGCUAGACACGAUGCCCGGGCAUUCAGUGUUGUCACCCAUACCGUCUAGCCGUGGCGACCUGAGCUCCCCGUCAGCCGGGACGACUGGACCACACUUCUGGGAGGCCGCUGCGCCAGGUUUGCCGACCGUGGUGCACAACCCUGCCUCACUGGAGGAGUCAUGGAGCCACCUACAGAUGUUUAACCGGCAGCAGCGAGGUCGGAUCAGCAGUCUCCAGACCGACUCCGAGCUCUACCAGUUGGGCAGGGAGAGGUUCGCUGGCGCCAAGCUGGCCCUGCUUCCGCAGGUCGACGAGGGCGCCGAGUCGUCCUGCGAGGAGGAGGACUUCUUCAUCCCGGAGCUACCGCGAGGCAAGAACCUGACCAUCAACAUCAGGAGCACCUGGGGCGACCGGCACUACGUGGGCCUCAACGGCAUCGAGAUGUUCUCCGCCUCCGGCGAGCCCAUCAAGGUGGACAAGAUAUCGGCCGACCCUGCCGACAUCAACGUUCUUGACGAGUACAGCGGCGACCCGCGUGUAGUCUCCAACCUCACGGAUGGGGUGUACCGCACGCGCGACGACAUGCAUCUGUGGUUGGCGCCCUUCACUCCAGGCGGCGACCACCUGGUCAACGUGCGCUUCGCCCACACCUCCCAGCUGGCCAUGCUCAGGAUAUGGAACUACAACAAGUCGCGGUGCCACUCGUUCCGUGGAGCCCGUCACGUGGACGUAACGCUGGAUGGAAAGACAAUCUUCAGUGGCGAGAUCGCGCGCGCCUGCGGGGGCAUCCUCGGGGGCACCGAGGCCUUCGGAGACACGAUUCUCUUCACCACCGACGACGAGAUUUUGGACAACAUCUCUCAGUUCGACGAGUCGUUCGGCAGCUACUGCGCUGAUCCAACGGCCACCAUCCACGCCGAGCUGCCCGUCGACCGGCCACGCACCGCCGACAUCGACGAGUCGGGCGGUCGUCCAUUCACCUCCGGCCACGCGCUGACGGAGACUCAGAGUCGCGUACCGCAACUCUCCUCGGCUGAGAUCGUCAACUUUGACUCGUCCGGCUCGGUACCGCGGGGUCAAAUCAUCCAGCUCACCUUCACAUCUUCGUGGGGAGAUCGCCAUCAGCUCGGUCUGACUGGCCUGGAAAUAAUCAAGGACAACCAAAAGGCCAUCCAACUGAAGGCCUCCCAGCUAACGGCAUCCACCGCCACCACCACGUUACCAAGACUGCUGGACGACGAGCGUCUGACCUCCGACCCGGAGCACAUGUGGCUGGUGCCCUGGAAGGAGGGUCAGUCAGUAACAGUCAUCGUACGGCUGGCGGCCGUCACUCCGAUCGCCGCCCUCCGAGUCUGGAACUACAACGCUUCGCAGGAGGACAGCUACAAGGGGGCCCGCAACUGCAUCGUCAGCGUGGACAACAAGCGGGUCUCUCCUGCUGAGGGGUUCGUGCUGCGCCGGGCGCCGGGCAACACCCACUACAACUUUAGCCAGGAGGUGGCGCUGACCAAAGCGCCGGCAGGCAGCGCUGCCAGGCGACACGAAAAGCCCAAAAAGGGGCGCACGCACGUGCGGAUCAGCGACAGCGUCUAUCAGGAUGAGUACGAGGCGCCGAUGAUGCCGCAGGGCUUCGUGUUCCAGUUCCACCUUCUAUCCACCUGGGGAGACCUGUACUACACCGGUCUGAACGGCAUCGAGCUGUACGACGCCGCCGGUCACAAGAUACCGCUCACCGAUAAAAACGUGGCCGCCUUUCCGGACAGUGUGAACGUGCUCGACAACGUGACCGGAGACGUGCGCACGCCCGACAAACUGGUGGACGGUGUGAACAGCACUCUAGACGGCCGGCACAUGUGGCUGGCACCCAUCCUGCCCGACAUGAUCAACAGGAUUUACAUCAUAUUCGACGAGAUACAGACGGUGUCCAUGAUCAAAAUAUGGAACUACGCUAAAACGCCAGCGAGGGGUGUGAAGGAAUUUGGUCUGCUGGUCGAUGACCUGCUGGUCUAUAACGGUCAGCUGGGUCAGAUUGCCGGGGGCCCCGCGCGCCUGGUCGGCCAGCCUGUGCCCUACCAUACCGUGCUCUUUACCUCGGAUCGCGAGCUGAUACAGAGGGAACGCAACACGGUUAUUCGCCCGAUGAGUGCUGGCGAGAAUGAGGUGCGGAUGCUCAACAACAACCGCGGUACGUCAUCAGCAAUGACGGCUCAGAUCGGCUCCAGUGUCGACCAGAUGCGGCGUCCGUUCACCCAGCAGACGCCGGCUGCGGCGCUCGGCGGACACCGGAGAAUGCCACUGAAAACGUAACUCGCCGCCGCGCCGAUAGGUGGCGGUGAUAGGCGGGAUAGGUGGCGCACUGGAGACCGCCCGGGUAGGGUUGGCGCGCACAUUUGUAUCGGCCCCCUAGCUCACCUGGGUAUCGGUCGAAUACGGACACACUGGACGCCAGGCUGGUUGUCGUGGACGCGAAUGGUGGCACACAUGUCAGCGCGAAGCAGUGUCUCAACCGGGCUCUACUGGCUUCCCGGUCUCUUUCAGCCAGUUCCAUUUCUGACUCGUCUCAUUAAGGCGUACUACACCAUCCCAGUUCAGGGCCCAUGAAAUAACCAGAAGCUCGGUAGGACCAGAACCCCAGCAUCGCGAGUGUGACGUAAUAAGCUAUGCGUCUAUUAGAUGUGAAAGGCAUCUAUUGAGGUAUCGUUAUCUAACCUACCUAUACCACUCACUUGGUAUCCGAUUGACAUCUCUUGUUAUGCCAAAUAGCGAUGAAAUUGUUUGUCUAUAAAUGGUAAAAGCUUAUGAAGCUAUGGGUCUGUCUAACAUUCUUUUGCCCCAAGAUAUAAGGUGGUCAUUGUUCAAUUUAGUUCAACUAGUAUCCCCGUUCAUAUACAAGUAGUUACUUAGUACGUGUUCGCUUGCAGUAUGAACGUCUCCCGAUAUUGCUGAAGUAGCACCUGAGAUGCUCUAUUCGCUUGCUAAACAGAGACCUUUGAGAUUUAUCUUCAUUCGGUCACUGGCUGAUCUAGAACCGGCGGAAGGAGGCAUACGGCGGUAGAAGACAUACCCUCAUUGAAGUUUCUCAAAAAGCCCCCAACUCCCGCGAUUUCGAUUCCUUAUGCACGGUUUUCGGCAGUUUAAAGUUUACUUUGCUUGUGCAAGUUGAUAGGUUUUCCUUCUAUUCAAGAAAAAAGAAAACGGUAAAACUUCUAUCGAUGUCAAGCGUAACGGGUCGAAGGGAGAAUUUGUCCCGGAUUUUCUCUGAAUCUGCCAGUGCAUUCGGCGACUGUCGCUGUUUCACGUUCAAUUGCCAAAUACAGCUCAAAAUCUCGUGGCUUAGUAUUGAGUUAUGCUAUUAAAAUCGUUGAAGAAUGCCACUGUGCUUGUAACCUAUGUUGUAUUACAUCAUUUUAGUCUGUCAGUUGCAUAAAAUAACAUGCUAGGUUAUGUCGCUUACUGCUUAGAAUCAGCUAGUAUCUAACGUGUCAUUUUUGUUACUUGGCAGCUGCAGUAGGUAUUCAUGAAUUAACAAGGCAGAUUUACCAUAAUACUGAAAAAAAAACUAAAUGCUGUGGUACCUGACCGCACAUUUAAUGGCAUUAUGAAUCGCUGCGUCGUUCAACUCGUUGGGUGCAACCAUUCAAUAGCGACAACUGUGGCGAAGGACACAUUUCGUCCAUGGUUGUAUGUCACUUGGUGGAAUACUACUCGAUAAAAUGUGCCAUGUGAUGAUGCCCAGACAUAUCCGGCUCUGUGAGAUCGCUUGUUGGUGACCAAGUAGCACUGAGCUGUAUGUGCUCGGGGUUCGACACAUUUUCCGAACCGCAUUGCAUGCAUUGCGUUGCCUGUUGUGAUUCGCGUGCAGCGCGGAUUGCUCUGAUCUGUGUGCAACUGUCAGGAUGGUGGGGUUGCGUUGUUAAUUGUGAGUUCUGUCGCAAACACCACGGGAGAUCUAUCGUCUAUCCUGGGCAUUGCGAGAGGCAGCAUCAAUCGCGAACACGGCAGUGUUCACUAUUCACUGUUCAGUACACGGCGAGCUAGUUCGAGUGCUAAUGUGAAACGCACCGAAACGGCACCUGUACUCGCAGGUUGUUUGGCGCUGUCGGGGUGCCGUCAAAGGCAGCGUCCUCAGUAAUUGACUGCUGGUGGCUCGCUUCGAACAGCCGAUAUCUUUAGUUUGUGAACAAUUGUGUUAAGAAAUAAACGAAUGCAAAUGUA